UGCGGCUCACGAGUAGGGCUCCUUCGGCCUCUGCGUCCCGGCCAGGCUGGAUCUUGGGCUGAGGCGCUCGGGGUCGCUUGAGCCCAAAGAACAGGUCGGCAGCUGGCUUAUGUUCGCUUCUGGAGGGGGUCUCGUAACGGCUUCUCCUCCCCGCCGCCUUCGGAUUGUGUACAAGGAUCACAGGGCUUCCCCCCCCCUUUUUUCGUUGGGUCCCAAGGGUUUAGUAGGAUUUACUCCCACGAAAGCCAGAUUUUGGAUGAAUCCGUCGGAGUUUUGUGUUUCGUUCCUGUAAGAGGCAGGCUAACCUGUGAGGCAAUCUUCCUGUGUAUGGGAUCGUCCACAACUCUUGGAAGAUGCCAAGACAAUGGCAGAAACCCAGAAAGAUGCAGGCUGAGAAACCUCACCCAGAAAACUGUGUGCCUGAUCAGAAUGAUGGUGCUACUCGCAGCAGUUCCGGCUAUCCAGAAGCUGACAGUAAUCCAGGCAAUACAGAACCAAUGGAAGUCAAACAAGGAAGUGAUUUGCCUCCUAGUGAAUGUGAUAUGGGUGAUGACCAGGAAGCACUUGACUUGGAGAGCAAGUUAUCAGAAUCAUCUGGCGAUGCUUCUGGGACACUCAGAAAGGGACCACUUCUGCUCAUUGACAGGCAGAAAAUCCAGUCUGUGGAAAAUGCUGCUCGGGCAGAUGAACUCAGGGGCCUGGAAAUUGAUGUGUAUGAUCAGGAUGUAUUGGAAGAAGGGGUUCUUCAGCAGGUGGACAGUGCAAUGAAUGAAGCAAACAAGGUGCAACUUGCUGAUGCAGAAAAAGAAUACCACAAUGUAUUAGAUGACUUGAGGUCAUGUACAGUCUCCCUGAAACAAAUUGAUGCCAUUAUUGAACAACUUACUCCCCAAGCUGCGACUAAUAAAGAUAUUAACCGAAAAUUAGAUUCUGUGAAACGGCAAAAAUAUAACAAGGAGCAACAAUUGAAAAAAAUCAAGGCAAAGCAAAAGCGCCUUCAAAUAAUUCUUGGUGGAAAAAUUCCUGUUGAAAUAAAUGACGAUGUAUUUGAAGACGAUGGAGAUCCUGGUCCAUCAUCCCUUGGCAGUAUGCUUAUGCCAGUCCAGGAAACGGAGUGGGAGACACUUAUCAAAACUGGUCAGAUGACUCCUUUUGGAACAAAACUACACCAAAAUCAAGAGAAAAAGCCCCGCCAGAUAAUGCUGAAUGAAACAUCUGGGUUUGAAAAAUAUUUGGCAGAUCAAGCACAGCUCUCGUUUGAAAAGAAGAGGCCAUCCCUUUGUAAGCAGACCAAGAAGAAAGUGCCUUUGGAGGAAGGUCAAGCCAGUGCUUCAGUAUGUCCCAUAAAAGGCAAGGGAAACAAGAGGAAAAGCCUCUCAAAAAUGGAGAACCCUUUGAGGAAGCGCAUGAAAAAGCUUCAGGACCAUGUUCUUCAUAUUCAGGCAAAGUUAAGAGUUCCUAAAUCUAAAGAUCUAGAGAGGGAGGAACAACAGGAGGACAGCCAGGAGUCUGAAUAUGUGCCUGACGAAGAGUUCAGUAGUUGGGAGGAGGAACAGGAAUUGCAAUCAGAGGAUAAGGCUUCUGUUUAUAAUGUGAAACCUCGGUCAUGGAAGGGGAAGAAACCACUUAAAAAAGCAUUUCAAAAAGAUGAUAUAGAGGAUGAGAGUUUCCAGAGCUCUGAUGAAGAGGAAGAGGAUAUUAGGAAACGGAAGAUAAAAAAAUACAAAGAUGAUGGCGAUGAAGAUUGCUAUAAACAAAGAUUAAGGAAGUGGCGCAAACAACAACUGAAAGACAAGGAGGCAAGACGAAUGGCAGGGGAAGAGUCUGAGGAAAGUGAUACUGAAUUUCCCGAAGGUUACAAAGUUCCAGGCUUUCUCUUCAAGAAGCUUUUCAAGUACCAGCAGACAGGUGUGAGGUGGCUCUGGGAAUUGCACUGCCAGCAGGUGGGAGGAAUUCUGGGAGAUGAGAUGGGAUUGGGCAAGACCAUUCAGAUAAUUGCCUUCUUGGCAGGUCUGAGCUACAGCAAGAUCAGGACUCGUGGUUCAAAUUACAGAUUCCAAGGACUGGGUCCAACAGUGAUUGUAUGUCCGACCACUGUGAUGCAUCAGUGGGUGAAAGAGUUUCAUACUUGGUGGCCUCCAUUUAGAGUUGCAGUUUUACAUGAAACAGGAUCUUAUGCCAAGAAAAAGGUGAAACUGAUUCAGGAAAUUGCAGCAUGUAAUGGCAUUUUGAUAACCUCCUAUUCGUAUAUCCGCUUGCUGCAAGAUAGCAUUCAAAACCAUGAUUGGCAUUAUGUAAUUCUGGAUGAGGGGCAUAAAAUUAGGAAUCCAGAUGCUGCAGUUACACUUGCUUGCAAACAGUUCUCCACUCCUCAUCGAAUAAUCCUGUCUGGAUCACCUAUGCAAAACAAUCUAAAGGAGCUGUGGUCCCUUUUUGAUUUUGUAUUUCCAGGAAAGUUGGGAACACUUCCUGUCUUUAUGGAACAAUUUUCUGUUCCGAUUACUAUGGGAGGAUAUGCUAAUGCCUCUUCGGUUCAGGUAACAACUGCAUACAAGUGUGCAUGUAUUUUACGGGACACUAUUAACCCCUAUCUGUUGCGGAGAAUGAAGGCAGAUGUUAAAAUGAGUCUUUCACUACCUGGUAAAAAUGAACAGGUACUGUUUUGCCGUUUGACAGAGGAGCAGCACCAAGUUUACCAGCAAUUUAUUGAUUCCAAAGAAGUUUAUAAGAUUCUCAAUGGAGAAAUGCAGGUUUUCUCGGGAUUGGUCACCCUCAGAAAGAUCUGCAAUCAUCCAGACCUUUUCUCUGGUGGCCCUAAGAUUUUGAAGGGUACACCUGAUGAGGAAGUGCAUGAAGAAGACCAUUUUGGAUUCUGGAAACGUUCUGGGAAAAUGAUAGUUGUAGAAUCUCUGCUAAAAAUAUGGCACAAACAAGGCCACAGGGUGCUGCUUUUUACUCAGUCUAGGCAGAUGCUGCACAUCCUUGAAUCGUUUCUGAAGAAGAAGAGUUACUCCUACCUCAAAAUGGAUGGGACCACACCAGUUGCAUCUAGGCAGCCCCUGGUGACAAGAUACAAUGAGGAUACAUCUGUAUUCGUAUUCCUUCUUACUACUCGCGUUGGUGGACUUGGUAUUAACCUGACAGGUGCAAACAGAGUGGUUAUCUAUGACCCUGAUUGGAAUCCCAGCACAGACACCCAGGCUCGAGAACGUGCAUGGAGAAUAGGCCAGACAAAAGAUGUGACAGUGUACAGGCUUCUUACUGCAGGCACAAUUGAAGAGAAAAUUUACCACAGACAAAUAUUCAAACAAUUUCUAGCAAAUCGGGUGUUGAAAGAUCCAAAGCAAAGGAGCUUUUUCAAAUCCAACGAUCUCUAUGAACUCUUUACACUGAGCAGUCCAGAUGGAACACAGGGGACAGAAACCAGUGCCAUCUUUGCAGGCACUGGUUCUGAUGUUCCAGCACCAAAGCGACACUUAAAGCGCAAAGCCACAAAGUCCUCUGAGAUUUCUAAAAGAUGCAAAUAUCUCACGGAACAUACCCCACCCACAGGCACUGAAUUGCCAUGUUCCUUGGCAGCAACACAACUUGUAAGUUCACCUUCUACAAAAAUGGAAAAAACUGAAGAUACCAACACAAACUCAUCCCUUCAGAUGCCUAGUUCUUCAAACGAUAAUGCCCAAAUUACUGCUAAUAAUACAGAUUCAUUCAGUAAAGUAGCAUAUUUGCUCGCAGAAUUACGUGAGAAACCAUCGUACAGAGCACAAUUUGAAAAGAAUCGACCAUCGGGGAGUUUGGAGUUACUGAACUCAUUGCCAGUUGGUGAACCUAGUGUGAAAUGUGGCAGUCAGCAUAAUGUAGUACAUGAGAACUAUAGCCAUUGCAAGGAGCAGGACAGUAACAAGCAACUAGAUAAUAAUGAAGGCAAGCAUUCUUCAAAAAGAAAACAUCACAAGGACACAACAAGAAAAUCUAAACAUUCCCGAGGUGCCAAGUUUGAGGGUGAGCGAAUUCCUCAUCUGGUGAAGCAGAGAAAGUACCAAAAGGAGGAAACUGAGGAGGAGGAGGAGAAGGAUCCAAAGAAAAACGAUGACUAUGUUUUGGAGAAACUUUUCAAAAAAUCAGGAAUACACAGUGUAAUGAAGCAUGAUGCCAUUAUGGAAGCUUCCAGUCCACAUUACAUGCUGGUGGAAGCGGAAGCCAAUCGUGUUGCUCAGGAGGCCCUCAGAGCCUUGAAGAUGUCUCGACGGCAAUACCAACAAGUUGCUUCUGGUGGGGCUGGGCCCAGUGGUCUGUCUUGUGUGCCAGCAAAAGCAAAGUGUAGGUUUGGUCAAAAGAAGAACCCAAAUACGGCGAUACCAUCGUCAUCUUCCCUAUCUCCAGGAAAGAAGUGCAAGGAUACAGAGAUAAAGAGAAAGGAGGAUAGAAAUGAAAAUAUUGCUGAUGCUCACUUCAGUGGUAGAGUGGAAGCAGGAGAGUCUUCUUCAACUGUCCCAGACUCCUCAUCUUUGCUGGCCAAAAUAAGGAAACGAAACCGUCUGACAGUGCCACAGAGAGCAGAUGACCAAAUGGAGGAGCAGCUUCAGCGAACAGGGGCGCCUCUUCCUCCCACAACAAAGCAUUAUGAGUUGUUGAUGGAUAUCCGAACUUUCGUAGCUUUACAGGCCCAGGUGCCUGGUCAGGCUAGUACCCAGGAGAUACUGCAAGAGUUUGAAUCAAAGCUGAGUGUGGAACAGUCUUGUGUCUUCCGAGAGCUCCUAAGAAGCAUCUGCACUUUUCACAGGCAGUCAAAUGGGCAAGGACUCUGGAAACUCAAACCAGAGUUUUUAUGAUAGUUUUUGUGAUAGUUUUCAAGUGGGGACACUUGUGGCUUUUUAGUCCUCUUUUUAAAUAACGUAAUGAAAUAGUAUGUGUACAUCAGUACACUGUUUACAUAAACUAUGACAUCUACCUCAUAAUGCAACAAUAGAAACCUAGGGAGUGGGGAUGGACUAUUGCUUUUAAAAAGACUUGAAUGGUGACUAGACCUCAAAAUCCAUUUCUGUUACAGUUCCUAAUAAGCCAAGUCACAAUCAGAAAAAUGCACACUGUUGAUCUGCAUAUAUAACUGGACCUCUUUACUUGGAGUCAGUUGACUAGUAUGAAUAAGAAUUAUUUCGAGUGCCAAACUGUAUUUGUACAGUGUAUUCCAAAGGAACAUAAUCUGUAGGAGAGUCUGGCACAAGGAAAUAUAAUGGAAAGAUCUAGAAUUGUUUAGGUUUUGGAAAUGGUGAUGGGCAGAUUUCUUUCCACUUCAACACUGCUGGGCUCAAGUUUUGGAUUGAUGGAAUGAGAGAACAGAAUUGGUCUUCUAAAUAUGGAGAGAGAGCCGUAUUCUCCCUGGUUGUCAGCUGAACACAGUUGUUCCAAACCCGAGAAUUAACCGCGGGGAGCCUCCCCUGCCAUGCCACAUUCUUUGCUUCCUUUCCCAUGUUGCUGAGCCUAUUUCUGUGACCUGUUCAAGUCUGUCUUAGAUCAGCCAU